CCAAAGUGACGACAUGAAUUCAAUUAUCUAUGCUGAUGUGAAUGUGAACUUCACUCGGGAAGAAUGGGCCUUGCUGGAUCCUUCCCAGAAGAGUCUCUACAAAGAUGUGAUGAUAGAGACCUACAAGCACCUUACAGCUGUAGGCUACAAUUGGGAAGACCAUAAUAUGGAAGAACAUUAUCAAUCUUCUAGAAGAUAUGGAAGGAAUGAAAGAAGACAUAUUUAUGAGAAGCAUUAUGAAUGUAAGCAGUAUAGUAAAGCCUUUUCCCAACCCAGUGGUAUCCUCAUGCACAGAAGAACACAUACUGGAGAAAAACCCUAUGAAUGUAAUCAGUGUGGUAAAGGCUUUUCACAACAUGGAAAUCUGGAAAGGCAUAAAAAAACACAUACUGGAGAGAAGCCCUACGAAUGUAGUCAGUGUGGGAAAGCCUUUUCACAAUUGCAUAGUCUCCACAUUCAUAAAAGAACACAUACUGGAGAGAAACCCUAUGAAUGUAAUCAAUGUGGUAAAGCCUUUUCAAACCUGAGGACACUCCAAGUGCAUAAAAGAACACACACUGGAGAGAAACCCUAUGAAUGUAUUGAGUGCGGCAAAGCCUUUUCUCAACAGGGAAUUCUCCAAAUGCAUAAAAGAACACAUACUGGAGAGAAACCCUAUGAAUGUAUUCAGUGCGGCAAAGCCUUUUCACAACACUCUAGUCUAUACAUGCAUAAAAGAACACAUACUGGAGAGAAACCCUAUAAAUGUAAUCAGUGUGGGAAAGCCUUUUCACAGGUCGGUAGUCUCCACAGUCAUAAAAGAAUACAUACUGGAGAGAAACCUUAUGAAUGUACUCAAUGUGGUAAAGCCUUUUCACACCUCCGUACACUCCAAGUGCAUAAAAGAACACAUACUGGAGAGAAACCCUACGAAUGUAAUCAGUGUAGUAAAGCCUUUACACAGUCCAGUGCUCUCCAAGCGCACCAAAGGACACAUACUGGGGAGAAACCCUAUGAAUGUAAUCACUGUGGUAAAGCCUUUUCAAAACCCAGUAGUCUUCAAAGGCAUAAAGGAACACAUAAUGGAGAGAUACCCUACGAAUGAUAUCAAUAUGGUAAAGCCAUUGCGUGUAGUAGUGGUCUUCAGAGGCAUGAAAGUAUUCAAACUGCAAAAAAACCCUAUGAAUGUAAUCAUUGUGUUAAAUCCUUUUCACAACCCUGUUGUCUCGAAGUGCAUAAAAGAACACAUAUUGGAGGGAAACCAUAAAAAUGUAAUCUGUGUGGGAAAGCCUUUUCAUGAAAUGGAAAUCUCCAAAACAAUAAAAGAACACAUACUGGACAGAAACCCUGUGAAUGUAAUCAAGGUGGUAAAGCCUUCACACAUUGCAGUGAUCUCCAAAGGCAUGAAAGAUUUCAUACUGGAGUGAAACCCAAUGAAUAUACUCAACGUUGUAAGGCCUUUGCACAUUGCUGUGAUCUCCUAAAGGCUGAAAGAUUUCAGACUGGAGUGAAACCCUAUAAAUAUAACCAGUAAACCUUUUGCAUGUCACAUUUUUUCAAAGCCUUGAAAGAAACCUUUCUGGAGAGAAAACCUUGUGAAUGUUUUUAGUAUAACGAAACCUAUGUACAUUUCUAUAUGCUUCUCGUUCAUGAAUGAAUCAGACUGAAGAAAAGCCCUAGGAAUGUGUUUCAUAUGGUAACUCAAGGCGUUGUUUUCAUGUUUCAUAGAGAUGUAAUGAAGUGGUCUAAUCAGUAAUCAACUGCAACUCACUGCAUAGCUUGAUGUGAUAUGAACAUGUAUAUAUGAUUGGACUUCUGUGAUUCUGUAUGUUCCUCCUACUCAUCCAUUUGUCAUUUCAUCUUGAAGUACUGCAUUCUAUACAAAAUUUAUACUAUAAAGAUUCUAUAUAAUGUAACAACAAGGAUAUUUACUUAAAAAGAAACACUUCUGGUGUGUGCAUGUGACAGGAUUAUGUGGUUUUAAUCCAUGUCAGAUAUGUAAAGAGUGGGGGAC